AUGCCUUUUUUGUGCCCGUCGGGUACGAAAAUCCGGCGGAAAGGGCCUCGGGCCUACCGGGCGGGAUUCCCGCGGCAGCCGCGUAUCGCCCCCUGGGACGAAGACUACUGGGACACAGACCCACAAGCAGCCGGUAUACCUCGGGGCACACCAGAUCCCCCGAUGGGCCGCAAAUCACAAAAAACGGCUCCGGCUGCGGCCGCCUCCAACCACGACAUCGGCCAGAUGCUGGCCUUGACGCCCCGCACGCGGGAGCCAUCAUCCCCUCGGAUGGAGACUACAACUGAUCCAGUGGCGGACAAGGCACCCAAGAAGGGAGCACAGGCUAUGCCUGAAAGUGAACCACCUGUGACAAAACGGGACAUACACGAUCUCCUGGCACAUUUCCAGGACAUGUUCUUUGCAGAACUCAACCUGAUUAAAGCAGAGAUGCAAGCAAUAACAGAACGACUUCGAGUAUGUUUUAGCUAA